CCUGCCCUAUUUUCACAAAAAAGCACAAGCUUUUCUUCAGCUACGUUUAUGUGUGUGCCGGUGCUGUUAGUACCCGGCUGUGUAACUUGAUAGGGGGCAUCGAGAGGGAUAAGGGAAUGUUGAGUUGCAAUGGAGCAGAGUACGAUACAGUGGUUAGGUGCUCCCAGCUGUUUGCGAGGCUCCUUCGCCUUCUAUAAGUCAGUGGGUUUAAAGCAAGAGUCUGGAGGCCCGACUCGGGUCUGGAAGCUCGGGGAAUUUUACUUCAUGCGCUGCGGCCCUCAGGAGCCUAUCUGUAUAGCGGAGGUCACACUGCUGUGGGAAGACCAGACGCAGCGCCACCUGCUGGCCAGCUCCAGGCUCUACUUCUUACCAGAAGACACACCGAAGGGCAGAGCAGUGGAGCAUGGAGAGGAUGAAGUUAUCGCCGUAUCAAAGAAGGUUGUGGUGAGAGUGGAGGAUCUGGUGAAAUGGACUUGUCAGGAACCUCCGCAUUGGAGAUGCAGCAGUUCGAAUGUUAAUGGGCCUCAAAAGUCUGACGAGUCACAAGAUGCUAGUUCUCCACAGGAAGGAAAACCAGAGGUUGAUGGCGACGAGUCUCCAGUCCAGCACAUGGUCAAGGUUCUCAGUUACCCUCAAUACUGCCGCUUCCGUUCCCUUCAGAGACGCGUCCCAGAUCAGGCUAGCUGCCCCGGCCUGCAGGACCCUCACCUGCUGGCUCUGGGGGGCAUAAAAGUGGCCCUCCACAACACACGAGUGCUCUACUGUCGGGACACCUUCAACCACCCUACUAUAGACAACAAUGCUAGCAUACUGACACAGCUUGGAUGCACCUCUCUCAGUCUAAAGGGGCGACCUCGAAAAAGAAAGGGCCUGGAUGGCAGUGGAUCUGAUCACAAUCAUUUAUCAGAGUCGUGGAUGGAAAGGAUGAAGGAGAAUGUGAUGGGCAGUGUGGAGAUGCAUUGGGAUGGCAACUGGCUCCCACAUCCAGAGGAGCAGCUCUUCCUGGAUCAGCUAUUUAUCUUUAUGCAGCGCAGAGGUUCUCCUAUAAGCAAAGUCCCCAAUCUUGGAUUUAAGAAGAUUGACCUCUUCCUCAUGUAUUCAGUUGUAAAACGGCUGGGAGGCUAUGACAGGGUGACAUCGCACCGUUUGUGGAAGACUGUGUACAAUGAGUUGGGUGGAAGCCCAGGCAGCACCAGCGCUGCCACCUGCACCAGGAGGCAUUAUGAAAGGCUGAUGCUUCCUUAUGAACUGUAUAUAAGAGGAGAAAACCCAGAACUUAUCAAGUCCAGAGCUACAUUGGCCUCCCCCACUUCAAUCAAAAAGACAGUUCGAGGUAGAGGGUUGUCAAGCAGCCCAAAAAAGAAUGCAGUUAUCGACCAGGGGUUAUCAUCAGAUGGUGCUGUUGUUGUACGUAAAAGAGGAAGACCACCUGGAAAACGCAAUGCCAAAGUUCUGGUCAAGGGCAGAGUUGGAAGGCCACCCUUGCAUCCCAAACCUUCCUUAGAGAAAACAGCAAGACCCCAUCAGGAGAUCGUCCAGCCAUUGACUUUUUUCCAAGAACUGAAGCUUACCAACCAUCCUCAUGGCCAAGGACUGCCCCUUGUAUCCUCUACCCCGCAGCCCCACCAGCCCAUACUGGGUCGAGAUGUAAAGAUGGAGACCGUAGAACCUCAAGCUCCCUCUUUUUUGUCAGUUCCUUGCAAGGUGUUGGCAGGGGGUUCCCUAGAAAGAUUCAGUCCCACUAAAGGACUUUGUCCUUUGGACCUCUUCAGAGCCCGUCUAGGCCUUAAUGGAGUUCAUGAGGUAACUCCUCAAGAUUCUUCAAUGAUCCACCAAACUUUGGUCAAUCAGCCUAAAGUCAGCACACCUGAGACCCCUGAGAGCCCCCAGCACCAAUGUUCAGGGUGCUGUUCAGAUCCCUCAUCCCAGAAUGGAGGCCCCAGAGCCCCCCUGCCCCCUCUUAGGAUUAUCCCGCUUGACAUAGGCUGUAGCCUGCAGUUGCGUCAGCUGAUGCGCACCCGUCUUGGCUCAACACACAUGAACACCUUCACCAAGCGACUUUCAGAAGUUCUGGCUCAGGAUCUCACCAAGACUUCCCAACCCAACGGUAAUGUUCCUCAAGAGCAAUCCCUCCCACUGAACCUGAGUAGGAGAGCAAUCACCAAGAGGCCUGCAGGGGACAUGGAGCUCACAGACCUUCAGAGUCGAGAAGUCCAGUCUGGGACCAAGAGGCAGAAGAUAGAAGCUGAGGAUCUUGGAGUGUCUGUAAAAUUGAAUGGCUUGUCCUUUAUGGUGCCUUUGAAUCAAGAUGAGCCAGCUGAUCUGAGCUCUCCCAGCAGGGCCAGAGCUUUAGUACAGGACAGGACCAAAGUAGAUUCGACUCUUCUUGAACCCACUUGUUUCUCUUUAGUGCCAAAAUCAGAUGUCCCCCUUGAAAUCCCCUCUAGUAUUGGUGCUUCACCGGACACUCUACCUUGUAUUUUUCAGCUGAAACAAGGGGAAGACAAGACCAGCACAAUUGCAGUGACAGUUAAGGCCGAACAAGAAAUCACAUCUCUGGAUCCAGAUCUAGAACCUCAACCAAACAGUGACCUCUACUCGCAGUGUGUACCUACUGAUGAUAUCAAAGAGUCAGAUGCAGUUUCUUCUCUCAAAGUACUUUCUAAUUCUUUCCUUUCAAAGCCAUCAAGCUGUUAGCAUCCAGCCAUGGGAGCGUUAUAAACUUUUUUUAUCACUCCUUUCUGCUCAACCUUUUCCACAAACACGUUUGUGUUGCGUAUGAUCAAAGAGACUGUUCUGCAGAUCUACUAAAAGUACCUGCUUUUAAAACACUACGAGACUCUGAACUGAUGCAGGUGGCCAUGGUUCUACCAAAGAUAAGGUGCCUUGAACUUGAUUAUACUAUAUUUUAGUACUUUUAAGCUGAAACGUAUGCUGUAGUUAGUGGAUCAUCAAGUGGCCAGCCAAUAAAGGACAUUUAAUAUGACUCAUGGAGCAUUUGGUUUCUUCUUUGAAAAAUACAGGUAUUAAAGAAAACCGUUGACACCGAUAUUUGGAAUCAACAUGCCUAUUGUUUCGUAGGCAUAAACGCUUUGUUCAUAAAUGGUCAUUUGUUUUUAUUUUAUGAUUAAAGCAGUGUCAUUUCGUGGGAGUAGCUCAUACUCUCAAUUAUUAUUAUUUAUGUUUUACUCUAUCUCAGUUCUGUACUGUUCUUAGACAGUGUGCUUUUUCUACUUUAUGUGUGUAUUUGUUGAACUGGGCUAUUUAAAAUCUGGGCACCGUAUGACCUCUGUGCUGGAUCUUAUAUUUUCCAUAGCUAUUCGUUUAAAACAAUGUACUGUAUUGUGCAGAUGGUAUGCGUAUUUUGGGUCCCAAUGCAAAUUUCCUUUUUUUUCCAACUCUAUUAUUAUUCUUUUAAAAGUGCAUAUUAUUAACAUAUAGUCAUAUAUUGUAGAUAAUUCCGAUUUGUGUUCCUGCUAAACCAUUGGAUGGUUUACCAUAGACAUCACAGACAUGUUUACAAAAGGACUGAUGUAGAACCGCCUGUUGCGAUAAAAUGGGUUAACUUGAUUUGUUUUCCACUCCUCCUUUAGACCGACCUCUCUUAAUGCAAUGUAUUUUACAGGUUUACAGAUGACAAAUUAUAUUUAAUAAUUUCCACUCAGUUUGCUAUAAUUAACAGCAAUUAAUUACUUGUGUAAAACUCCUUUUGUAUGAUUAUCCUUUAUUAAUCUGCUGGUCAUUUUAUGUUUUUCUUUCUUUGCAUUUCUGUACUUGAAAGGCAGCCAAACAGAACGCUAAUCCCUAUUUAAUUUUCUAUAAACUGUUGUAAUGCCGCCUGGUUACAAUUUAUUUUUCUUUCUCAUUUUGCAUGCUUAUGCUAAUGGAACAUGGACUCUGACGGAUUGUCAUUGCAGACAUGUUUAAACACUGAAUAUUUAUAAUAAAAAAAUAAUGUUGUACUUG